UAUUGUUCUAGUAUUCACUAGAAUGAUCAAAUUUCGUAAAAAUUUAAACUUCAAAACUUCAAAUGCUUAUUUGAGUAACGAGUAAUUACAUUAAUAGAUUUUGGAACAAUUGACUGUUGGAAGAAAUAUUUUGUAGAACAUUAAGUAACGAUUCAAUAAAAACAAAAAAAAAAAAUUUGGAAAUUUUUAUUACCUAUUAGAAUAAAUUGACUUUGGAACUACAAUUUGUAGUAAGUUCGCCAUGAUGUACGAUAAUAUUAUCGGAUGUAAUACUAAUUAUACGAUCGCUCAUGUGGUAGACACAUAAAGAUACGUUUAUCGUUAAUCUAUGCUUCCAAAUUCCGACAGUUGAGUAAUUUGCAUAGUGUGCACGACUAUAUAGUCAGUCUAGUCAGUAGUCACUAGUCUACUCAGUAUUCGCCCACUAUAAACGUUGACCGGCUACCACCUCCUCAUCAAAACAUUCAAAACUGCAACAAGUCUACUAUCAACUAUCAAGUAUUCAUCGUGCCACUGUGACUGGUCUAUACACAAUCCGUUGUCGGAGUCAGAUACUGCUGUUAUCAUGACGUCGUCCUAAUGGUUGUUGGUGACGGCAUGUCCUAUGCCCUAUGAUUCCACAUGAAAAAUGGUUGACCCGAAUUGGACAAAUUUGGCUGUGUCUAGACGUCUCCCAGACAAAGUGUCACAGUUGUAUUAUUCCUAUGGUCUGUUCUGCGCAUCUCAUCCCAUCAUUUCAUUAACAGUUUCUACUGUAAUCGUAGUUUUAUGCAGCUUAUCACUAUUUGGAUUGCCAUUGUUCAGCAAUGUAGUACAAUCAACUAUAACACCUUCUUACAAGCCAGAUAACAUAACAAAUCGAUGGUUUAGUGGACAACCCAGUGUGUAUAUUCAACAAAUAGUUAUGAGAUCAAUGGUAACCCCAUGGUUGGAUAAUUUAGUUUUAUCAGAUGCCUUCAGAGGCCCUUUAGCUGAAUCUUUCAAAUUAGUUGAAAUUAUUAGAAAUUAUCAAUUAGAUAACAAAAUUUCUUUAAAUGAUGUCUGUCUACACAUAGAAAACAUUAAUUCUGAUGUAAAGGCAUUACCAGAGUUCAGUUGUUUGCUUGUAUCACCUACUUAUUUGUGGCAUCAAGAUUUAGAAGAGUUUCGUACUGAUAAUAGCAUUGAAAAAACAAUUUUUACUUAUCAGAGUCCAUCUCAUAUAAAAAUUAGUAUUCCAGAAUUAUUAUUUGGUAUGCCACUUAAAGAAACUGGUAUUAGAAGAUAUUCUGUUCAUCCUCGACAAAGAGUUGUCCAAUUUGCUAUUACAAUAUUUAUGAAACAACUUGUACCACCGUAUAUACAAGGAUUGAAAACCCAUUUGAAACAAAUUUACCCUGUACAUGUUAAAUCAAAUCAAAUUCUAUCAGACACAUCAACUUUACACAUUUACUAUCCUGGAGAAAUAAAUUAUGAAACAAUAUUUGUUUUACUCUCAUGUUAUAUGCUUUUAUUUGGGUAUAUUUAUUACUCUAUUAAAAAAAUGGACAUUUUUGUCUCCAAGGUUGGAAUUAGCUGUGGAGCUGUUUUCACAGUUAUAUCUACUCUUUUAACAACUAUGGGGCUUUGUUUUUUAUUUGGAUUAGAUUUUACAAUAAACAUUCAAAGUCAAAUGGUGUUUCCUUAUUUAGUUAUUGUUGUUGGUCUUGAAAAUAUGUUGAUUAUAAUAAAAUCAGUGGGUUCGACAGCACCGAAUUUAGAUGUAAAAAUUAGAUUGGCUCAAGGUUUAAGUAAAGAAGGAUGGGCUAUAACUCAAAAUCUUUUAAUUGAAGUUACUAUUUUAACUGGUGGAUUAUUAACUUUUGUUUCGUCAAUUCAAGAAUUUUGUAUAUUUGCCAUUGUGGGUUUAUUAUGUGAUUUCUUUUUUCAAAUGUUCUUUUUUCUUGCACUCAUAUCAUUAAAUAUGAAAUCAGUAGAUGACUCAACUUAUCAAAAAACAUAUUAUCCAUUUUCUUUUGCUAAUUUGGCCAAUAAAAUGCAUAAAUCUAAUCCUCCGGCAUUAAAACAUUCAAGUCGUAGUGGUGUUAUGUUAAAAUCUGCUUCUCAUCCGCGUUUAAAUGGUUUGCAAAUUAUGGCUUCAUUAGAAGAUCCCCGACGCAAGCCAAUGUCAAAACGUUUGAGAUUCUUAUAUCUUUGGGCAGCUACAAGAAUUGUUCAACGAGUAUUAAUGAUGGUUAUGAUUUUUUGGAUAUCUGGUAUUAUAUAUAAUACAGAAACUGUGCAAGAAUUUUUUGAUUUAAGAAAAUCUGUAACUAGUGAGAAACCAUAUGUUCAAGAACGAUCAAAUAUACAUUUUCCUCUUGCAUGGGAAGAAGGUCGACGAGCUGUUAUAAUUGAAAACAAAGCUAGAUUUACUGUAAAAGAAGAAUAUCAGUCUAACAAAAAGGCUAAUCUGUCCCAAGAAAAUGAUUUACCGUAUUAUGUGCAACUUCUAAAUGCUGAAAAAUGGCCUCAUUGGCCUAGACUUUCUUGGUACAACUGGCAAUUUUUAUUAAGCAUGUACAAUAUAAGUGUCGCUGGAUCUUAUGUGUCUGUAUUACAACCUAUACAUUUAGCUCAUUCUGUGACACCAGAUGAAGCUAUAUCAUUGCGUGAAUCUCUAAAUGAUGCUGAUAAAUCAUUUCCAUCCCAUUGGAAGUCUUUUGCUGCUGCACUUGAUCCUUUUGAUUUUGUUGAUACUCAUAUAGUUGCACCACUGGAAAGUAGAAAAGACAUCAAUGUUGUAGAUAAAUCAUCCGAACCUUUUAUACCUACUUCACCAUCAGAAUUAAUAUUAAUUGCUGUUCUAUGCUUAAUUAGUAUAUUAGUGCUAGUCUACACAUUAAUAAUGUUGUAUCGAUGUGUCUGUAGUCGUAACUAUGCUGAAUGGAGAGCUGGAUGGAGUCAUGAUGUAAGUUAUAUACAACAUGACUCUGGUAUACAAGUUAUAUUAGAAGCAGUUCCAAUUGAAUUUAAAGGGCACACACAAUCAGUUGAAUGUAUUGCUACAUAUGGAAAUAUUAUUGUUAGUACAUGCCUUGCUGGUUGUAUUAAUGUUUGGAAUGCAUUAACCGGUGAAUUGAUUAGUACCAUUGAUAGGUCUAAUUUGGACAAUUCUAGUGAUGAUGAUACAGAGGAAUUCAAUUUAUCAUCAGAUUUCUCUAAUGAUUUUAAAAACUCUAUUUCUGAUUUUAAUUCUAUGUCAAAUUAUGCUUUUCCAGAAUCAGUUAAAAAUAUGGAACAAUUGUGUUCAAGGUGUAAAAACGUAAUUUCUAUUGAAAACACGAGCUAUAACACAAUAAGUCAAGAUGAAAAAAAAGGAAGACAUACUGUUAAUUCAGAUCAAAAUAAAUGGGAAAAUCGAUCCAAAAAAAUGUCUGAAAAUGAGAUCUGUAUCAAUUCCCAGAUAUGGUGUGUUGAUUGUAAUGAAAAUGUUGUUGUUCUGGGUUGUGCUGAUGGUUCAUUGCAAUUUUGGGAUAUGUACAAGGGGAUACUUAAAUGUAUGUGGCAAGGAGACAUAAAUGAUGGAUUUACAGCAAUUAAGUUGAUCAAUAAAUAUGUAGUAGCUGUGAGGUUGAAUGGGUCUUUAGAAUUCUUCAAACUUGAUAUCUUUAGUGAAUCAACUUUGAGAGAGUCUAUUGAGAGACCUAAUACUAAAUUCUCACUUAGAAGUAAAUAUUUUAGUAUCAAUAUGUUUAUUUGUUUUAAUUUAUUUAUUAUAAUUAAACAAAAUGUAUUUAUUAAUGUAGAGCAUGUAAGAACGGGAAGUAUAGGUUCAUCUCUUCAUACUUUAAAAUCAACUAAUGAUACUGUACGUUGCCUUCAUAUAGAAGCUUUAAAGGCACAUAAUCAACCAGUUACUGUUCUUGAAACUAAUGGAGCUCAAAUUGUUACUGGUAGCCAAGAUCACAUGCUUAAGGUAUUUAGAAUUGAAGAUAGACAGUUACUAUAUACUUUACAUGGCCAUUAUGGCCCAAUAACGUGUUUAUUUAUUGAUCAAGUAAAUCCUCAUAUGGCUGCGUCGGGUAGUCAAGAUGGAAUGUUAUGUGUAUGGGAUUUAGUUACUGGUACAUGCAUGUAUACAGUUCAAAGUCAUGAUGGAGGAGUUUUAGGCAUAACAUGUUCAGCUAGUUAUGUUAUUAGCAUUGGUCAAGAUGAUAAAAUUUGUGUUUGGGACAGGUUUCAUGGUCACCAACUUAAUAAUAUUCAAAUUAGCAAUGUCUAUUGUUAUGAUUUGGCGAUGUUAACACAUAAUUUGCUUAUUACUUCUAAACAGGGUUGUAUAGUUAUUAUGGAUGUACAAACAGGAGAACCAGUGAAAGUAUUUAGCUUAGGAGACUCUGAUUGUAAUGUUGUUACUCAAUUAUUAACGCUAUCAGACAGUAUUGUAUGUGAUUAUGGCACAGAAUUGCGUGUCGUACGAUUUCCGAUGGUAGCAACUAAAGAAGAUUAAAUUAUAUCAAUGACAAAGACAAAGACAUGAAUAUUAAUAUAGUUUAUAAACCUUUUUUUUUUUUAA